UCAGCGGCAUAUGGGGAUCCUUCAGAAGAAGAAAAGCUCCUCCUCUUCUCCUUCUUCAACAUCGCCUUGUGCCAAUCUAAGAGCUGCUUACCACAAUUGCUUCAACAGGUGGUAUUCGGAGAAGUUUGUAAAGGGUAUCUGGGACAAAGAGGAAUGUGUUUUGGAGUGGGACAAGUACAAAGCUUGUCUAUCUGAACAUUUGGAAGAUAAACAACUGAGUCGGUUCCUGGAGGCUGAAGGACCUGUGAGCACCAGCAUUGGAGUUGAUUCCAACACUGCAACCAAAGCCGAUGGGGGGCAGUCCUAAUGGUCUUUCUCAGUAGCCUCAGAGAAUGAAUUAGAGAAACAGAAAAGAUAGAUAGGCAGUUAAGCUUUGAACCCUUUGUCGAAAGACUCAAAACUGUGUAAUUUUGGCGAUCUUUGUAGUGGAGUUUGCUGUGUUCCACUAGAAGAUUGCCUGACAUUGUGAGUUUACUGAGCUACUUAAUGAACACGAUGAUAAUUUGAAUUCUCC